AAGUCAACGCGGGCUUUAGCUGUCGCAUGGUUUUCCUGUGGAGGGAAAAGUGCAGAUUAUUGUUGUAUCGUAUCUUAGUUUUUUGAGACACCUGUAAACUAUUUCAUAACAUUGGAAAGCGACGUCCUUCAUUACUUAUCUGCAAGAUUUAUGUAAACAUCCCAGAAAAUGGCAGGCGUCAUUCGAAGGCUUGACGAAACUGUGGUGAAUCGUAUUGCAGCUGGGGAGGUUAUACAGCGGCCUGCAAAUGCAAUCAAAGAGAUGAUUGAAAACUGUUUGGACGCAAAGUCUACAAACAUUCAAGUAACAGUGAAGGAAGGAGGCUUGAAGCUGAUUCAGAUUCAAGACAACGGCACAGGCAUCCGAAAAGAUGACAUGGACAUUGUUUGCGAACGCUUCACGACAAGCAAGCUGCAGACUUUCGAAGACCUGUCAAGCAUAGCAACCUACGGGUUCAGAGGAGAGGCUCUUGCCAGCAUAAGUCACGUGGCUCAUGUCACAAUAACAACCAAGACUGCGGAUGCUAAAUGUGCUUACAGGGCCAGCUACAGUGAUGGGAAGCCGAAAGCUCCACCAAAGCCCUGUGCUGGCAACCAGGGCACGCAGAUCUCAGUGGAAGAUCUCUUCUACAACAUCACCACAAGGCGAAAAGCACUCAGGAACCCCAGCGAAGAGUACUCAAAGAUCGUGGAGGUGGUCAGCAGGUAUGCCAUUCACAACUCUGGCAAGAGCUUCACUGUCAAAAAGCAAGGGGAGCUGGUGGCAGACGUCAAGACUCUCCCCAACGCCACCAUCCUGGACAACAUCAGAGUCGUGUUUGGAGUCAACGUCAGCAGGGAGUUGAUCGAGGUGGGCUGUGAGGACCAGAAGCUGGCCUUUAAACUCUACGGCUAUAUCUCCAAUGCCAACUACUCUGUCAAAAAGUGCAUACUCGUCCUCUUCAUCAACCAUCGCCUGGUGGAGUCUACUGCUUUGAAGAAGGCCAUCGAGACGGUUUAUGCUGCUUACCUUCCCAAGAACACACACCCCUUCCUGUAUCUCAGCUUAGAGAUCGCUGCCAAGAACAUCGAUGUGAACGUGCACCCCACUAAGCACGAGGUGCACUUCCUGCAUGAGGACUGCAUCAUCGAGAGCAUCCAGAAGCACGUCGAGAGCAAACUACUGGGCUCCAACUCCUCACGCACCUACUUCACACAGACGCUGCUUCCUGGCCUGCCGGCCUCCACUAGUGACCUGAAGGCCUCUGGCCCCUCUUCCUCCUCUGACGCAGCCGAGAGGGUCUACGCCCACCAGAUGGUCCGCACCGACUCCAAGGCCCAGAAACUGGACGCCUUCCUCCAGCCCAUAGCCAAGACGCUGCCUCCUGCCACCUCCUCCAUCUCUUCCUCCUCAUCCUCCUUGUCUGCUGCAGGGCCUGGUGGAGGUGGAGGAGGUCCGGAGGCUGAGCUUGGGGAUGAGGAGAUGCUGGAUGCCCUGGCAGAUAUGGAGCCUGGAGAUGGAGGAGGAGAAAAGAUGGAGAGCAGCACAGCUGAAGAUGGAGAGGCGGAGGCGGAGGGGGAGGGGGAGACUGCUCCUAGGAAGAGGCCUCGGGUGGGAAAGGAGGAAGGGGAGGGGCUAACGACAGGUGCCACCCCCAAGAGACGCGUCAUCAAGCUGACGAGCGUCAGGGAGCUCAGAGAGGAGAUCACCGAGAAGAAUCACAAAGGUCUUCAGGAGAUGCUGCAGAAUCUGACGUUUGUGGGCUGUGUGGACCCACGCUGGUCUCUGGCACAGCACCACACCAAACUCUACCUGCUCAACACCUCCAAACUCAGUGAGGAGCUUUUCUAUCAGAUCCUGAUUUACGAUUUUGGCAACUUUGGAGUGUUGAGGCUAUCGAGCCCGGCCCCCCUGUAUGAGCUGGCCAUGUUGGCUCUGGAGUGUGAGGAGAGCGGCUGGUCUGAAGAGGACGGGCCUAAAGAGGGGCUGGCCGAGUUCAUCGUGGACUUCCUGCGCAAGAAGUCUGAGAUGCUGGAGGACUACUUCUCUCUGGAGAUAGACCAGGAGGGCAAUCUGACUGGGCUUCCUCUGUUGCUGGAUAAGUACGUCCCUGCCAUGGAGGGGCUGCCCAUGUUUAUCCUGCGCCUAGCAACCGAGGUGAACUGGGAGAAUGAGAGGGAGUGCUUCAGAGACUUCAGCAGGGAGUGCGCUCGCUUCUACUCCGUAAGGAAGGAGUACACACUGGACACGGACACACAACCUCAGCAGGACGAGUCGGGUGUGUCCGAAGUGGGCGCAGGAUCUGGCGAGGGUGUGGAGGCGGGACCAUCGUUGUCAUGGAGAUGGCAGGUGGAGCACUUGGUCUUCAAGGGCUUCAGGACACUCUUCAGCCCCCCUACACACUUCAGCGACGACGGAAGCGUACUGCAGAUCGCCAACCUGCCUGACCUCUACAAGGUCUUCGAGAGAUGCUGAACCCAUCUCAAGAUCUCAACAAGUUGUAGGGAGAGAUGCUAAACUUACAAAACGUGUACAAGGUGUUUGAGAAUUGGUGAAUCUACUUCACCAUUACAAGAUGAUGCUGAAGAGAUGCUAGAGCUACAGAGACCUGUUUUAGGAGGCUACUAGAUCUCCACAGUGAAGUGAUCUACCUACUAGAAUACCUGCAUUGUUUGAGAGGUGCCACCUUCACCAGUGAUUCUCAACUGGUGGGUCGGGACCCAAAAGUGGGUCGCGGAGGGUUCCUGGGUGGGUCGCGGAGCUGUGAUGCAAUGCACUAAAAAUGACUCUGAUGUCGAAGACAGAGUGAAACAUGGUUAAUAGGCCUUUUCUUCUCCACUACUUCAUAAGACACAUUGUAUAUCAGCAUGCAAUGCAAAUAAUAAUGCAUAUUAUGAAAUGCAUGGUAAUAUUUUUUUUGUUAUUAUCUGAAGAAUCUGACUGCGACACACAGUUUAGGUCACAACGUAUUGACCACGGGAAAUUGUGGGUCUCAAGACUAUUUCAGUUGAGAACCACUGACCUACACCUCUACAAGUGGUGGAGCCUGCUAGAUCUCUACAGUGUCAAACAACUGACGAUCCUACUUGGACUUUUACAACAUGAUACUGUACGUACAGUAUGAGAUGCUACAACUUCAGAAAGAUGCGGCUGAACAUACUGAACCUCUAAAAGUUUCAGAGAAUAAACCUACUAGACCAGGGUUUCUUAACACUUUCCUAUGUAGGGCCCACUUGAAGUUCUCAGAAAUGUUUGGGGCCCACCUCUGGCCCCAAUGGAUGAUACAACUCUAAUCAGUAGUCAACAGCAACAAAAUGUUAUUUAGACUUUUAGAAAAUGAUUUCAGGACCCACUUGGAAUACCUUUGCGGCCCACAAUUUUGAGAAUCACUGUACUAGACCUUUACAAGGCGUUUGAGAGAUGCACCAAGACCUGUAAAAGGUCGUCGGGAGGUGCUGAACAGUCAGAAAUCCAGAUCUGGUUCUUCCUAGCUUGAUGGCUACAAGCAGUUUGACUGGUGACGACUGCCAUGCAUGGAGGUGCUGAGCCCAAAAUUAAACCUGAGUCAUUGGAAAGACUGCUGCUUCUGUAAUACUGUAAAUAGACCAUGAUGGUCUACUAGUGACUACAACACAUGUAGUUGACAAAAGAAGGUCUUGAGAGCCCAUAGACUGUGCAGAAUACGUGCUUUGAUAUGUUUAUUUGCAUUAUUUUUCUUUGAAUGUUAUAAAAAAAAGAUGUGUAUAUUUUUGAAUAAAACCUAAAUCAUUUGUUUCAUAA